UAAAUACAAUAUUUUUGCAGCAGGAAAAAAAGAAAGAAAAAAAACGUCCCAAGUCCAAAAAGAAAAUGUGCGACCGAGAUUAAGCCGUCCUACUUGUAUGUACUGUUGCCAAACCUUGGACGGAGGAGCGGCGGUUGCAGAAUCAAUUUACCAUUACGACUGUUCUCCCGACGGCGAUACCAGCCGUGGCUUGGGUUAGGGUUACUGCUUCGUCCCGCCUGCCACUUCUCUUCCUAACGCCAUCGCCCAAUACUUCCCUCUGCCUCUUUACUGGUCACUGCUUAGUGCCCUACAAGUAAUAAACCAGCUGUGAACGAAAAAAUGUCCAAACUAAAUGGCGCUCCUCAAAGCUUGCAGCAGCUAGGAAACAUUAACGCCCAGAUGAGGCGUUCUCAGAAUGUUCAAAGCACAAAUUGGGUGCAAGGACCAAUGAGUUUGGACGAGUUCAAGUAUGGAUUCCCCUCUGGUGGAUUACCAUCCCUAUCAAAUAAAUGGUGGGGAAGUAGCUGUCCAGAUGAAACCAAUAAUGAAGAAGAUGACAAACAUCACUUCAAAGUAGUAAAUGAUGGUUUCACAUCUUUAAUAGACCCAGAGAAAUCUGAAAGUAUAGGGGAGGAUCUCCAAGCUGAUCUUCAGGGGACGCACCUGCUGACAGCUUUGAGAAAAAGAAGCGUGGUGAGAGGUCGAAAAGUACUAGAGCAUGGUUAUUAUUCUCAUGGACAAAGUUUAAACAAGUUAAGCAAGAAAGAACAGUCAUUGCUUCUAAACAUAUUCAGAUCAUCAACUCCAAAUGAAUGGAUGAGUAACUCCUAA